AUGGUUCGUCUUCCCGAAACACAACGCGCCCUGAUUUUCGAUCAGUACAAUGGCCCGCUGGAAAUCCGCAACAUCCCGAUUCCUGAGCCGAAAGACGACGAGAUCCUCGUCAGGAUCCUGUAUUCUGGAAUCUGCCACACUGAUCUUCAUGUUUGGCUCGGUGAAAUGGAGUCGAUGACCACGGCCCCGUUGGUCGGAGGUCAUGAAGGAGCUGGAGAAGUUAUCGAAGUCGGGGCCAAGGUCAGGGACUGGAAGGUCGGAGACCGAGCUGGUAUCAAGGUGAGAGUUGAAGUUUUUUUUUUAUCAAUGAGAGCGCGAGAUGAUCUUUUAAACUGCGUGGGGUGUUUGAAAGAGCAGAGGUGGGGUUUAUGAACGUUAAGAGACCUUUUUUCUCAAGCGAGAAAUGAUAAAUUCACUUAAGGCAACUAAUAAAAAAGAAAUCUCGAAUAUUUUUUGAUAUAAAAAGUCAAUUUCAGCUGUUCAACAACCACUGUCUGAGCUGCGAACCUUGCAAAAACGGCUACGAACAGAACUGCAAAGCAAGCCAGAACUACGGGUUCACCCGAGGAGGCACUUUCCAAGAGUAUCUCGUCAUUCGGGCGAUUGACGCCGCCAAAAUCCCAUCUCAUACCAAUUUGGCCGAAGCCGCUCCUAUCAUGUGCGCCGUGAGUUUAUCAAACUUUUUGAGGACUCAGAAUGAGAAAUCGGUUAAAAACUGAUCAAGCAGGUCAAAAUUUGCAGGGUGUCACCGUCUACAAGGCCCUGAAGCAAUCAGAGGUCAAGCCAGGCCAAACUGUAGUUCUGACGGGAGCUGGAGGAGGUCUCGGCUCCCUGGGAAUCCAAUUCGCCAAAGCGAUGGGCAUGAGAGUCGUAGCCAUCGACAACAAAAUCAAAAAGGACCAUUGUUUGGAGUUGGGAGCCGAGUGGUUUGUCGACGGGUUCGACACGGAAAAUGUGAUCAAAACCGUUAUUGAGGUAUUUCAUUUAUUGAAGAGACACGAAAGUGAGAAUAAAAAUUCAGUUGACUGACGGAGGAGCUCACGGUGUCGUCAACUUGGCCUCAGCAAAGAAGCCAAUGGAACAAACUUUUGAAUAUGUCCGAGAAAAUGGAGUAAUUGUCUUUGUGGGUCUACCCAAGGACUCGAAGGUAAACCAUUACUAAAAAAAAUUAAGAAAAAAUAGAUGAGGGACUUUUUAUUCGUUUUGUAUAGUCUCUACCACAUAACUCAGAAUAUCGUCUAACCGUCUGGACCCUUCCUUUCUCUGCAAAAACUCUCCAAUUUCUUUUAAUAGAAAGAGAAUCAAUGAUAAGAUGAUUGCAUCGCUCUUAUCCUAGAAACGGAACUUUUGAAAAAUUAUUGAGAUGGGAAAAAAUUCCUCCAUGUGGUACGAUACUUUUGAAAUGAGAGAAAGAGAGAGGACAGAUAGUCAGACAGUUGAAAGUCGGUGCAACUGAAGGAUAUACUCUGAAACUUUUAAGGUUCUGCGCUCUCUUUAUUCCUCAUAAAAGAGUUCAUACGGUUCAAUCUCAAAUUUAUCAAAUCUUUAUUCUGGAAAGCUUGACAUUCAUACAGUCUGCGCUCUCUCGUUCCAUAUGAAAUCUCAGAACUUUUCAAGUAGACUUAAAUUUUCACCGAGAAAACUUCUAAGAACCCACGCGUUCUUUUCCUGAAAUCCGGCCAAAUCCAAAGAGCCUUUUUUUAGAUCACCUUGGACACGUCGCCGUUCAUCUUCCGCGGCCUGACCCUGAAAGGAAGCAUCGUCGGAAACCGAGCCGACGUCGACGAGGCGAUGGACUUCGUGGCACGAGGCAUCGUCAAGGUGCCCCUCGAGAAAGUGAAGUUGGAAGAAGUCGCCGAGGUCUACCAAAGGAUGCUCGACGGCAAGAUCAACAGCCGAUGCGUCGUCGAUUUGUCUUUCUGA